AUGCCGUCCCUUCUGUCAAACAGGUGCGCGUACGUGCUGCCGGUAUUCGAGAUGGACUCGAGGCUGAAGCACGUGCCGAGGGACAAGACUGAGCUGCGGCAACUGGCGCUGAGGCAGCAGGUGCGCCCCUACCACUGGGCAGUGUACAGGCGUAACCAGAGGUGCUUGCAGCCCACACGCUGGCUGUUCCACGAAUCGAAUGCCUCUCAGCUUAACAUAGCAUACGAGAUGCCGUACGAGUGGAAGGCCGAACCAGUAUUUGUCGCAACCAGCGAAGAUCUUCCUCUCUUCGAUGAGACGUUCGUCGGCUACGGAUUCACCAGAAACACGCAGGCCUACGAGAUGUUCGCUUCUGGUUGGCGGUUCUUAGUGCUGGACAACGCCUUCCUGGUACACUCCGGAUUCCAGUCUACGAAGCAGCGGCCGAAGUGGCGACAGAGGCAGAUGGCCCAGAACUACGGCCUGCUGAGGAAGUGGGCGCACCGCGUCGCCGUCCAAGGCGGCUCAGACCCUCUCCGUCUGGCUCGCAGGUACUCGCUCAGGAGGAAGCGGCCCUGA